AUGGUUUCUCCCAAGUUGAUCCGAUGCAGCGUCAAGGACUUAGCUUCGUGUUUUUACUCCUGCGGAUUCCCCAAUCUAGAUGAGGAAGAGGAGCCCCAAACCUUAAGCAGCAGACAACCUAUGAUCUCCGAGGAAACUGCGGCGGCGUCGAAAAAAGACAUGAGAGGUGAGAAAGAGCCUGAGAAGCAGCUGUCGAACUCACCAUCACCACAAAGAACUGAUCUCAGUCGAGGCAGUCCCCGGUUUUCAGACAAAGAUUACAUAGUUUUUCGAUUUAAGGAGAAUGGACAAAUCGAUGUAAUGGAUGAUGGUGCACAAUCGUCGCAGCAGCAGCUGCCGUCACGUUGUGUCUGCCAACGAUGCCGCGCCCCAAUUGAUGCAGCUUCAUUGAGGCCUAUCAGCAAAAAGUUGAUUUACAAGGAAGGUUUCGAGCUUAGAAAUGAUUCGAAGAGAGUAAUGAUGCCGAAUCAAGACAAAAACAAAGCUAUUACAAAUGGCAAGGGGAUUUUAAUCUCGGACACAAACAAGGAUGAAGAAAAAGGCAAAGGAAAAGAUCCCAACACACCUCGCCCAAACAAAAUCGAUCAUCUUGUAGACGACUCUUGUGGCUCUAAUAGAUCGUCCGGCACUAGCAGCGCCAGCUCAUUUUCCUUCCCGGAGUUGGGGGUAGAAUGGAUUGGCAGCCCUGUUCACCUGCCCAAACCAGACAGAGAGGAAGAGGUUUGGUCUUAUGAUCUUCUUGCAUUUGGAUAG